ACAAUGAGAUCAAUUAUUGCUAUUAUCAUUAUGUUGGCCGUCUGCGCUUCAGCCGUCCAGGUUCACGAGAGAGUCCAAACCCUUGGAAAGGGACCAUCCCCAGCCGAGUUUGGUGACUUCAUGGUUGGUUUCUGCGAGGGUAUGGAGAUUGCCAUGAACGGCAAUGUCAGUACCUGUGUCGCCGAGUCUGAUGCCGCCUGGGAGGACUUUGCCAACGGUUUCCACCUCAUUGGCAAGGGAUUCGAUCAUCUCUCCGCCAGAGACUUCACCAAGGGAAUGGAGUUGGUUGGUAAUGGUUUGGCCGAGAUUCCACCCGUCUUUGAUGAGUGCGGAAUCACUCAGUUCCUCGCUGAUAUCAUUAGUGUCUCGAAGGAGUUGUCUUCUGGUGCUGAGGGCGUCAUUGAGGUUGUCGUCAAGGAGACCUUGAACAUCUUCCAUCACGGUGAUGACAUCUCUGAGGACUGGAAGAACAUGGUCAAGGAGUGGAAGAAGGAGAACUACAACCAAUCUGGUGUUAGCCUUGGACUCCUUGUUGGAAUUAUCAUG